AUGCGCGAGCAUGCUAUGAGCGACCUAUUCGAUUACCGCCGCGAUCUCGCCAUCCUGGACCCCGCCGGCGGCCGGGCGUCGCGCGCCCAGCAGCAGACAAAUCCAUCCACCGGUUCUUUCGGACAAGGCCCGCCCUGGAUGGCCAACUCCAGCGGCGCCGCUUCGGCGCCGACCAGCACCGACCAGAUUCCCACCACUUUUUACAACGACUCGACCGAUAACCUCUCGCUAGCCUCCCAGCUGUCUCCCGGCGUCCGCACAUCCAUCAGCCGCCCGACCCCUGACAUCGCGCGAUAUGGCGUCGCGCCCGUCCGGGACAUUCUCAGUGGCCCGGAUCGUGAUCGCUACGUCACCGACGGCUCCUCGCAGAAUCCGCCAAAAACAUCCGGUUCUGGGCGGUCCGGCCACUCAAUUGUGCACUUGCCGGGGCACCAUCAUAAACACAACAAGAGCAACGAAGACCCGAGGUCGCUCCGGCCAUCCGUCAGCAGGGAGGAUUCUACCCUAGUCCCCGCCAAGGAACGCAGUGGCUCGACCGGCAUGUACGGCGCGAGGUCGCGAGCCCAGAGCCCAGCUCCGAGCGCGAACAGUACCUACUGGAGCUCCAAGAACGCUAGCGGUGAUGGACAGACGUCCCCGGGCCGCCAGCCGAAACGGCGCUUCCUUGGUCGCCUGCGCGGAAGGAGGGAGAAGGACGACGCGGGCGACCUAGGCAAACUCAGCUCAUCCACCCAGUCGCUUCUACCACGGCCUUCUCGACACGAGCUUCCUUUCGGCGACCGAUCCACGCCGCAGGGGUCCGAGUGGCCAGGCUCGCCCGACCACCGCGACGCCUACGGACCCCGGCCCCCGUUUUCGCGGGCGGCGACCUUCAACAACAAGUUCCCCUUCUCGUCGAAAAAGAGCCGUGCCAUCAGACAGCAUGACGACGCCGAUGAGAACAUCGGCCCUACCGACAGGCAGGAUGCUGGAGGGACCGUGUUCCACCUCGACACGAACCUCAAUGAUAUGGAGGGCAUUCUCAGCAAGCGGACACCGUUGACGCCCAUGGAUACCGCUUUCCUGAGUGAUCUAGAUUUCGACAAGUUGCCCAUCAAGCCCACUGACCCGAGCGGCGCCUGGAACGCCCCCGACAGCUGGGCGGUUCGCCGAGGAGACGAGGCAUCGGCCCAGGUUCCCGAAGCCGACGACAUUGGCAGUCCGCCGAGGCCGGAAGAGAAGUUGACAAAUUAUUGCAUCCGCGUGUUCAGGGCAGAUGGCACUUUCGCGACGCUCCAGAUGGCGUUGGACGCGACAGUCUCGGACCUCAUCUCGCAAAUCGUCAAGAAGUCCUACGUGAUCGACGGCGUGGAAAACUACAACAUAAUCCUGAAGAAGCAUGAUCUGGUCAGGAUCCUGAGCCCUGCCGAGCGUCCGCUGCUGAUGCAGAAGCGGCUGCUCCAGCAAGUUGGAUACGAGGACCGCGACAGGAUAGAGGACAUCGGGCGCGAGGACAACAGCUACAUUUGCCGCUUCAUGUUCCUGUCGGCCCGCGAAAGCGGCUUCCACGCCGUCGCGCACAACGUGGGAUUUGGCCGCAUGCAGAAGCUCAGCCACGUCGACUUGUCCGGCCGCAACUUGACCGCAAUCCCGGUUGCUCUCUAUUCCAAGGCCGCAGACAUCAUCUCUCUCAACUUGUCCAGGAAUCUCUCUCUGGACGUACCGCGCGACUUCAUCCAGGCCUGCGAGAACCUUCGGGACAUCAAGUACACCAACAACGAGGCCCGGAAACUACCGCCGAGCCUAGGCUGGGCGAACAAGCUGACGUUGCUGGAUGUGUCGAACAAUCGCCUGGAGCAGCUCGAGCACGUCGACCUCGGCGGCCUUACCGGGCUCCUCAAAUUCAACUUGGCUAACAAUCGGCUCAGCCAUCUGCCUGCCUAUUUUGGCGCCUAUUCGGUGCUGCGGACGCUAAACAUCUCUUCCAACUUUCUGGAGAAGCUUCCUGCGUUCGUCUGUGAUCUGGAAAGCCUCGUCGACCUCGAUCUCAGCUUUAACCUCAUCAGCGAGCUCCCGGAUGCCAUUGGGAAGCUGCGGAACCUGGAGAAAUUCGUCAUCACCAACAAUCGGUUGAGCGGGUCUUUCCCCAGUUCGUUCAGAAACCUGAGCAGCCUCCGUGAGCUCGACAUCAAGUACAACGCGAUAGCCAACAUCGACGUCAUUGCCCAGCUCCCGAAGCUGGAGAUCCUGACCGCUGACCACAACUCCGUGUCCCAAUUUGUGGGUACGUUCGAGAGGUUGCGCAGCUUGAAGCUCAACUGGAACCCCGUCACCAAGUUCGACAUCCGGGCGUCUGUCCCGACGCUCAAGCUCCUCAAUCUAUCCAGCGCCCAGUUAGCCAGCAUUGACGACUCGUUCAACAACAUGCCGAGCCUCGAGCGUCUGGUGCUUGACCGGAAUUACUUUGUCUCCUUGCCCAGCCAGAUUGGCAGCCUCAAGAAGCUCGAGCACUUCAGCAUAGCGCACAACUUGAUACGCCAGCUCCCACCCGAGAUUGGCUGUCUAACGGAGCUGCGCGUGCUGGACGUCCGCGGGAACAACAUCCGCAAGCUUCCCAUGGAACUGUGGUAUGCAAACAAGCUGGAAACUCUGAAUGCGUCGUCCAAUCUUCUGGAUAGCUUUCCCAAACCCGCAUCCCGUCCGCCAGUGCCUCCUGAAGAAACAGCCAGCGCAGCCAGCUCUCUCGGCAGCAAGCUUUCGGGAACGACGCGCGCUGUGUCGCCAAUGCCGAGCGUCGAGGAGCUCAAUGGCGAUGCGUCCAGGCGCCCGAGCCAAGCUUCCAGCACGCUUCUCAGCGUCGGUCCAUCCCCCGUUCCGCCCAGCGGUGACAGGAAGGGCUCGAUGGUAUCCUUGUACGGAAAGGGCGGCCGGAAAACGUCGGUGGUCUCACGGAGCACCCAGAGCAGUGCUCCCCCGGUGUCCGGCGGCAUCAGGAAGGAUUCUAGUCACUCGGCACUUCUGACCACCACCUUUGCCGGGUCCCUCCGCCAUCUGUACCUUGCCGAAAACUCGCUGGACGACGAUGAUUGGGAAACGCUCAUGAAACUGCACGAGCUUCGAGUUCUCAAUCUCUCAUACAACGGCCUGAACGACAUGCCGCAGCGCGCCCUCCGGAGCUGGCCGCAGCUCACCGAGUUGUACCUCUCAGGCAACGAACUCACGAGCCUGCCGGCCGACGCCUUGGAAGACUACUCUCUCUUGCAGACGCUGCACAUCAACAACAACAAGUUCAUCAAUCUACCAGCAGAUAUCUCCCGGGCGAGGAGGCUGGCCGUACUGGACUGCGGUAGCAACUCGCUCAAGUACAAUAUUGCAAACGUGCCGUACGAUUGGAACUGGAACCUCAACCCCAACCUGCGGUAUCUCAACCUGUCUGGUAACAGACGCCUGGAGAUCAAGCAGAGCUAUCCCGGCAUGGUUGGGCAGACACGCGAGCAGUAUUCCGAUUUCAAUCGGCUAGCGAACCUCCGCGUCUUGGGCCUGAUAGACGUGACGCUCACCCAGCCGAGCAUUCCCGACCAGAGCGAAGAUCGUCGUGUCAGAACGUCGAGCUCGCUGGCCGGGUACAUGCCAUACGGUAUGGCCGACACGCUCGGCAAGAACGAACACCUGUCGACCAUCGACCUCGUGGUUCCACGCUUCAAUUCGUCCGACUCGGAGACUCUCUUGGGCCUGUUUGAUGGGCAGACGCUUCCCAGCAGCGGCUCCAAGGUCGCCAAGUAUCUCCAUGAGAACUUUGGUAAUAUCUUUGCGCACGAACUGAAUGAACGCAAAGCGGCUCAGGGCGAGACACCACAAGACGCCUUUCGGCGCGCAUUCUUGGCCCUUAACAAAGACCUGAUUACGGCUGCGAGUCAACAUGCAGAGGACAGGUCGCUAAUGACACACCGCGGAUCACAAGCCUCGCUGGUCCUGAGCAAGGAAGAUCUCAAUUCUGGCGCUGUUGCCACCGUCGUCUACAUCACCGAGCAGGAGCUGUAUGUGGCCAAUGUGGGCGACGUCCAAGCGAUGCUCAUCCGGAACGACGGCCAGUACGAAAUGUUGACCAAAAAGCACGAUCCGGCUGAUCCUCAAGAACGCUCGCGCAUCCGAGAUGCUGGCGGCUGGGUCUCACGCCAAGGGCGCCUGAACGAGCUUCUUCCCGUCUCUCGGGCUUUCGGUUACGCGGACUUCAUGCCUGCGGUGCAAGCUGCGCCUCACGUCACGCAUCAUACGAUCAAAGAUCAGGACGAGACCAUUCUCAUCGCCACCAGGGAGGUGUGGGAAUAUCUCUCUCCCGAGCAUGUUUGCGAUAUCGCCCGUACCGAGCGCGGCGAUUUGAUGCGGGCGGCACAGAAGAUACGGGAUCUUGCCAUGGCCUAUGGUUCCAAGGACAAGAUCAUGGUAAUGCUUCUGGGUGUGGCAAACCUCAAGCAGCGGCGCGAACGCUCGCGGAUGCACAGGGGCCAAAGCAUGUCGUGGUUCAACUUCCCGCAAGACGACAACGGUCUCCCCGUCUCGUCCCGCAGGGGCAGAAAGACCAAGGCGGAGGGGCCGCUCGAUUCGACCUUACUGCGACUCGACGCCGAGGUGCCUGCUCCGACUGGUAACAUUGCCAUUGUCUUCACAGACAUCAAGAAUUCGACGCAGCUUUGGGAGAACUACCCGGACGCGAUGCGGUCGGCUCUAAAGCUGCACAACGAGGUUAUGCGGCGGCAGCUCAGGCUCAUCGGUGGGUUCGAGGUCAAGUCGGAAGGCGAUGCCUUCAUGGUGACUUUUGCUACGGCCACGGCGGCGCUGCUCUGGUGCUUCGCGGUCCAGAUGCAGCUCCUGACGGUCAACUGGCCCAACGAGAUGCUCAACUCGGUCACCUGCCAGCCAACGUUCGACCGAGAGAACAGGCUCAUCUUCAGGGGCUUGUCGGUCCGGAUGGGUAUUCACUGGGGCGAGCCGCUGGCCGAGCAGGACCCCGUCACUCGACGCAUGGAUUACCUCGGCCCGGUGGUAAACAAGGCAAGCCGGGUCUCGGCCUGUGCCGACGGCGGGCAGAUCACUGUGUCGUCCGACUUCAUCCUGGAAAUCCAGCGCUGUCUCGAGACGUACCAAGAGACUUCGGCUGAGGACACCUUCGACGAUGACCCUUACGCACGAGCCAUCCGCAGUGAGCUCCGCUCUCUGAGCAGCCAGGGCUUCGAGGUCAAAGAGAUGGGGGAGAAGAAGCUGAAGGGCCUCGAAAACCCGGAGUACAUCUACUCGCUUUACCCGCACGCUCUGGCGGGUAGAAUUGACCAGCACAACCUUCACGAGCGAGCGCAGUCCGAGUCCGAGAAGCCCGCCACGCUCAGGGAUGCCGGGCUGGAAAUCAGGCCGGAGGACGUCUGGGAGCUCUGGCACGUGUCGCUGCGGCUUGAGAGGUUGUGCAGCGCGCUCCAGGAGGCACCCGGGCGUCUGCAGCCGCCCGAGACGGAGCUCAUGGAGCGCAUAAAGAGGCGCGGCGGGGAGGUCACCGAGCGGUUCUUGUUGAACUUCAUGGAGCAUCAGGUCAGCCGGAUUGAGGCGUGCGUAUCCACCCUCGCCGUCCGCCACCUCGUCCUGGCGAACGACCCGACGCGGGAUCCCAACGACCUGCGCGCCCCCAUGUCGGAGGUGCUGGACACCUUGGCUGAGCGGCUGGCGCUGCUGCAGCGUUACGAGGCGCGGUUUGGGCCCCUCCCGCACGAUGACGGAGCAUCCCUUGGCUCGCUCUCGUCUGGGCUGUCGGCUUCGGCACCGGCGCUGCUGCCGGAUAGGCGCAAACGUGCUGUUGAUGGUCCGGAUCCAGACACACCGCAACCCUCGUCGGCCUCAGGUUCCGAUUCCGCUGGGACUCGGGUCGACACGCCCGAGUCGGCGCUUGGGGAACCCUAG